CCUCGGCAUAACUUCAGUCUAAGAUGCGUGAGAAGGCUUAAUACAAGACCAGAGGAAAUCUUCUGCCGGAUCAAACACAACUUCAGUCUCAUCUCUUUGCAGUCGAAAAAGACUGAUAAGAAACACCGUAUUCCAAUAUUGUAAGCUGUCAGGACACUGGGUACCCACUGAGAAUGGAGUGGCAUGUCUUGGUGCUGGCUCUCUGUUUGAGUUUGCCGUCCUCAAUCCAGGAUGAUUGCUCCUCGCAGUGCGUAACGUGCGCUCAGCAAGCCCAGAAUGAAGUCACCCAGGUCAACAGUCUGGUCUGUGCUUUAGAAUGCGAGGGGACUUUAUCUUCCUCCACUGAAUUACAGAAAUGUGAAAAGGUUCUUCAGAUGUACUCUGCUGGACUGUUCGGCGUCAACGAUAAAGCCGAAACCGAGAAGGAAGACCAACCAGGAGAACCGCCAUUCAGCAACCUAGUGAAGCGAUAUGGGGGCUUCCUAAAGAAAGUCGACAAGAGCAAAUAUUACGACAGUUCCCCUGCACAGAACUCAAACACCAAAAGUCUGCUAGCUAAGAAAUACUUAUAUCUGUUAAGAAAGUUUGGUGAAAGAGACAUCCCGGAUAAGUUACAAGACACAAAAUUGGGGGGCGGGGCAUCAGAAAACGGAGAGGUGGUCUAUGAUGACGCCACCGCCGUAAACGAAGUCAAACGUUAUGGAGGCUUCUUGCGUAAGUUUGGACCCAAGAGAAGCCCCGAGUCUGGGGAAGAGAGCAGCGAAGAAGAGUUGCAAAAGAGAUACGGAGGCUUCAUGCGAAGGGUGAGGCCAAAACUCAAGUGGGACAACCAGAAGAGAUAUGGUGGUUUUCUGAGGCGCCAUUUUAAAAUUUCAGUUCGGUCAGACGAAGAACCCAAUUUAUAUUCUGAUGAAGUUUAUUAUCUAUAGAUUGUUGGAGCUAUCACUGUAACUUAAGACUCCCCAUACAGAUGCACUGAAAUGUUCAAGGUUUUUUGUGCUUUUGCUUAAAAGAGCAGGUAUUGUACACAACUUUAUCUGCCUGCGACAGUAUUAUGUAAGACGCGCAUUAAAGAAUGAGACUCCAGGGACAUUUUCAUUGUAUCUGUAAAAAUGACAAGUGUAAUAAAUGUUUGCAAAAUAUUACUUAUUGUACAUUAAGAAAAUGACAAAUUCAGUGAUACUGGUUUAAUAAAGAUAAAUGCAAGUGCUUCUAUGUUCAA